CUGAGCUUCAUUUGGCUUCCUUAGCAACAGACAUAGAGUCGACCUUAUCUGGAGAGGUCCUGCUGGAGGCUCUCCUAAAAGGCCUUGCGAAGCUAGCUUUGAAGAAGAGCCAGAUCGACCAACAUGGCGAAGGGGAGAGGGAAGCAAAGAGGCAGAGGGAAAAAAGGCAAAGAUAAGAAAGACAAGAGGCUGUCAAAAAGGGAUGAGACGGAAUUAGAGAGAGCCAGGGCUAAUGCUGCCCUUUGGGAGGCCAGAUUGGAAGUCUCAGAAAUAUCAAGGGAUGGGUAUCGUGAGGCUGUUCGGAGACUGGCACAAUGUAAUGAGGACUUGAAGAGGCAGCAGUACAAAAUGGAGAAAGAUACAAUGGCCGUAUUAAGCUACAUAAAGAGGCAAGAUACAGAAAAAGACCUUUUGAUUGAAAAACUGAGACAACAGUUAUUAGAGGCAAAAGACAAAUCCGAGGUUGAUAAGGAAAUCCUGCAAGAACGCUAUGCUUUAAAAAUUAAUGAGUUGGAGGGGCAAUACAAUCAGAAAACCAAAGAAAUUGGAUUAAUUCAGAUAGAACUGAAAACAAUAAAGCAGUUCCAAAGGAGGAAAACUCAAAUAGAAAGAGAAUUAGAAGAGGCUGGAAAUAUGGCUAAAUGCUUUCUGGCUGACCGCUGCUAUGAUGAUGAUGCUAGAUUGGAGAGAGAGGAAGAAGAGGAAGUAGAAGAGAAAGAUGAGGAAGAAGAGGAAGAUGAAGAAAAAGAGGAAGAUGAAGACCACUGCCUUACCCAGGAGGCCAUAGCUGUGUUUGAGAGACUUAAGGACAUAGAUUGCCCUUUCCUUGAGGGCCUUUAUAUUACUGGACCAAAGACAAUCAAGCAGCUCCUGUGUACACCCUCGAUUUAUCGUUUGGAUAUUGUGGAAUGGAUGUUCACACAAAUAUAUCCUCCCUUUAAGGAGUCAUUCACCACUUUACAGGAAUGCCAACAUGAAGAAAAAAUAAGAGAGAUGACAAAGCUAGGUCAUGAGCUGAUGUUGUGUGGGCCAGAUGACCAGAAUCUCAUAAAAGGUUCUACCAAUGUAAAGAAGCAACUCUAUUUCUUUGAUCAAUUAAUGGAUCUCAUUAAAAGUUUUCGCCAUGGAGACAAUAAUUUCUUCAACAUAGAGAAUUUCCAUGACUGUGUAAAGAAGAAUGAGAUGUUGUUGAGGAAGUUCUUCUCCAAUUCACAUCUUCGGGAGAUCCUAGACCCCAAGUUAAGGCCUUUGCCCCCAGACACAAAGCCUAUCUCCAGGGCAGAAGAAAACAUUCACAGACCACUCAGUCUGCCUCUAAAGUCUAGGAAUAGUACGCUGGAAAAGCUUUCAAAGAAAUUGAAUAAACUCAGUGUAAUGCUGGCAGAGCUUGAGGAAGAGUGUUCUGGUCAUUCUGGGAAAAUGGGCAGCAAAAUCAACAAUAACUUAGGUUGCAGCUUCUGUUUGACCCUCUCAGAUUUCCAUCAAUUGGUCACUGCCUUUUUACAGGCCUUUGAAAAUGAACUGUGGCCCACUGCCCCCAGUGUCAAGCCCUGUGGCCCAUUAUUCCAGUCUGUGUACCAAAUUCUGACCCUCUGUGACCAGGAGCUCAAAGCUAUCACUGAAGUCAUUGAGAUUUCUAAGAAGAUAGUGGAGAUGUCAGAGAGGCAACAACAAGAGAAAUACUAUUGGGGUGGGAACAAUUGCAUGAUGACUUUGUUAUCAAAAAUGGAAGAGCUGAAACAGAAACACAGGCUUUUCAAAGAUAUUCUACAGAAACACAGUGAGAAGGAUGACAGAAACUAAGAGACCACUGCAGAGUUCUUUAGGACUUAGCUGCUACUUCUGGAUUGGAAGGAGAGGGUAAAGGCUUUAGAUAGGAGGCAAGUUUCUCAAGCUGUCUUCAAGGAAUGAAAAGCCUGGGGAGUUGACUAUAGGCACUUUUCCAGAAUAAUGAAGGGCCAGUGUUGGAAAACCUGGUGUUCCAAUAAGCAGUUUUCAAAACCCUUUGCUUCCUAACCUUCCCCUACUAGUUCCCAUUUCAGUUGAGGGUGCCAUCAUUCUUCCAGUCACCCCAGAUUCACAACCUAAGUCAUAUCUAUCCCCCUUUUGUCUGCUUAAAUCACAACUACUCUACUUCUUCCAGGCUUCAUCACUUUGAUUCAGCUAUUAAGAUGAUCUUCUAAUUGGUCUCUCUGCAUCCAGCCUCUUCUGUCUACUCAUUCUUAUACACAGAUGCCCAAUUGAUAUUCCUAUGUGUUGGUUUGUUGUUUUUUGGGGGUUUUUUUGGUGAGGCAAUUGGGGUUAAGUGACUUGCCUAGGGUCACACAACUAGUAAGUGUUAAAUGUCUGAGGCCGGAUUUGAACUCAGGUCCUCCCGACUCCAGGGCCGGUGCUCUAUCCACUGUGCCACCUAGCUGCCCCCCAAUUGAUAUUCCUAAAGGCCAAAUUUAACUGUUGGACUCCUAAGCAUUCAGAUCCCUUCCCAGUCUGCCUCCAGGCUAUAUUUCCCAGCUAAUUAUACCUCAUUCCCUAUAUACUAGCUACAUACUAGGCUCCAUCCAGACUGACUUUUGUUUGGUUUUGUGCAUGUUGCAUUCCAUCUCUUCUGUCUAGACUUUUGCCUUAGCUAUCACUCAUGCCUGAAAUGUUCCCCCACCCUCACUUCCACCUGUUGGAACCUCUAGCUUCUCAAGUGUCACUUUCUUCAAGAAUCCUUUUAUGAUUCCCCUAUAAUUUUGUAUUUAUAUAUAUGUAUAAAUAUAUGUAUUUGUAUUUACUUAUAUAUGAAUAUAUUAUAUUUCUCUCCCAUCCCCUAGUA